AUGUCGCUGCCGCAGAGGCCGGGUAAAACCUCGCCGCGGCGCGAAGAGGUUCGAGCUUUUCGGGAACCCUCGCGGCGCCGCCGAAGAGACCUCGACUCGGGAGGCUACAGCGACAGCCCGCUCACCACCUCACCCCCUCACCGCCAUCGUCGCCGUCAUUCACAUGGCCACCGGCGAGGGACCGACACGGAAGAUGACCGCAUGGAGCGUGGUGGGGAUAUGCGGCGCAAGAAAAGUCUGGUGAAACCUGAGCGACAUCGGGUCGAACCAGACCACCCGAAUUAUCACUAUCGCCAGCGCUCUCAUCAUAUGAACACUCACCCGUCGGCGACAGGUCACGACCCACUGCUGGAUCGCGAUGGUGAGGCGGAGACUAAUAGCUCGAAGAGCAGUGACCUGAAAUCUAAAGAGCUGUAUGGAAGUGGAAAUAAACACAUGGAACGCACGCCGAGUCGACACCACUCAAAACGAAAGAAGAAGCGGUCUUCUUCACACCGCAUCUCGAAAAAGAUGACAGCCAAGGAUCAGGAGCGACAGCGGCAAAAAGCCAUGGAGCAGGUCCGUCCACCAGAUCUUUGGACGACGUACUGUGCUCUGGUGACCUGUUUGAUUCCAGAUGUUGCACUGCGAUGCUUUGGCAUGCCGCAAAAGGAGCAACGUACAGCCUGGAGAGAAAAGAUUGGACUCAUUAGUAUCAUUCUCAUGGUCGCCGCCUUUGUUGGUUACCUGACGUUCGGAUUCACGGCAACCGUUUGUGGAACCCCAACUACACGGAUGAAGAUCAACGAGGUCGGAGACGGAUACAUGAUCUUUCAUGGUCAGGCCUACAACUUGGAGAACUCACACCACCCGGCAGCUGAUGGUAUCCCAUCAAACUCAAACGUUCUCUACGAUUUACCUCAUAAGUAUGGUGGUCAAGACGGCAGCUUCUUCUUUCAAGAAGUCAAUGGUGCUUGCAAGGGCCUCAUAACGGCUGUUGAUGGCGGCGGUGUGCCCACCAAUGAUAAUGGUGACUUGGGAUGGUACUUCCCCUGCAAUGCGUUCAACCAAGAUGGCUCGACUAGCCCAAACCUGACAGAGCCAUACUACGAGGGAUGGGCAUGCCAUACAAGUUCGGCAGCGCGGACACCCUUUUGGAAGCUCAAGCCAACUGGUGAUGUGUAUUUCACAUGGGAUGACACAAAGAACAAGAGCCGAAAUUUGGCAGUCUACUCAGGAAGUGUCCUCGAUCUUGAUCUUCUAAAGUGGUUCAAUACAAGUCAGGUUUCAUACCCUUCCAAGUUUGACCAGCUGCGUGAAAACACCGAUGUUCGAGGUGUAGAUCUCACCUAUUACUUGCAAGGCGGGGAAAAGGAAAUCGGAAAGUGUUUGGCGCAGAUCAUCAAGGUGGGCAGCAUCGAUACAGACACCGUUGGAUGCAUUGCCUCCCAAGUGGUGCUGUAUGUGGCAUUGAUUUUCAUUCUGUCCAUUGUCUGUCUCAAGUUCGCUUUCGCUGUCUUCUUCCAAUGGUUUUUGGCGAAGAAAUUUGCACCCGAGAGGACCAGUAUGGGCACCGAUUCGAAGGCCCGACACCAGCAAAUUGAAGAUUGGACCAACGACAUCUAUCGAUCAGCGCCUCGCGCCGAUCCGCCUGCUCCUGAUCGAAUGAGCAAGCGAGCAAGCUUCUUACCGAAAACAUCUCGCUUCUCAAGUCCGUAUAACAUGGGUGCUUCAACAGGCGGAGGCAGUGGGAAGCAGCGUACGAACUAUGUGACCAUGGCGACUCAAAACUCAACCUCUCGACUCAUGCCAAGCUCUACCACCACCGGUACCAUGUAUAAGACGAGCCACAACAGCAGUGGCGGCUCUUUGAGUGCCGACCAUUCUCGGAAUCCAGAUGCCAGCAGGACCAGCUUGGUCUCACCCGGAGUGCAUGAUUCUGAAUUUGAUGGUCCUGGCCCUGCUGGGUUUAUCCAUGAAGCAGUUGUUCCUCAACCGCCCCCUGAUUGGCAGCCAUUUGGUUUCCCCCUAGCUCAUGCCCUUUGUCUGGUUACCUGUUACUCAGAAGGUGAAGAGGGAAUCCGCAGUACUCUGAACUCCAUUGCCAUGACCGACUACCCGAACAGCCACAAGACGAUUCUUGUGAUCUGUGAUGGUGUCAUCAAGGGUAAAGGAGAAAAGUAUUCGACUCCUGAUAUCGUUCUUGGCAUGGUUAAAGACUUCGUGAUCCCGAAACGAGAGGUUGAGCCAUUCUCAUACGUUGCCGUCGCUACAGGAUCAAAGAGACAUAACAAGGCCAAGGUUUAUACCGGAUUCUACGACUAUGGUGAUGAAUCCGACAUCCCGCUAGGAAAGCAACAACGGGUUCCCAUGAUGGUGAUUGUGAAGUGCGGUACCGAGGAAGAGGCCAAGGCCUCCAAACCUGGUAACCGGGGCAAGCGAGAUAGUCAGAUCAUUCUCAUGUCUUUCUUGCAGAAGGUCAUGUUUGAUGAACGAAUGACAGAGCUGGAAUUUGAGAUUUUCAAUGGCAUGUGGAAUGUCACUGGUCUUCCUCCAGACUUCUAUGAAGUGGUUCUGAUGGUAGACGCCGAUACCAAAGUAUUCCCUGACAGUCUAACACACAUGGUUUCAGCCAUGGUCAAAGACCCAGAGGUGAUGGGUCUCUGUGGUGAGACGAAGAUUGCCAACAAGACGGACAGUUGGGUGACCAUGAUCCAAGUCUUCGAGUACUUUAUCUCGCAUCACCAAGCCAAGUCUUUCGAGUCCGUCUUUGGUGGUGUUACUUGCCUCCCCGGUUGUUUCUCCAUGUACCGCAUCAAAACCCCCAAAGGUGGACAAAACUACUGGGUGCCCAUUCUAGCUAAUCCGGACAUUGUGGAGCACUACUCCGAGAACGUGGUUGAUACCCUGCAUAAGAAGAAUCUUCUUCUUCUCGGUGAAGAUCGAUACCUCUCGACCCUUAUGCUGAGAACAUUCCCCAAACGCAAACAAAUCUUCGUACCACAGGCCGUCUGUAAAACAGUUGUGCCAGACAAGUUCAUGGUGCUGUUGUCUCAGCGCCGUCGCUGGAUUAACAGUACAGUGCACAACCUGUUUGAACUUGUCCUCGUCCGCGACCUCUGCGGUACAUUCUGUUUCAGUAUGCAAUUCGUCAUCUUCAUCGAGCUGGUCGGCACACUUGUACUCCCCGCUGCCAUCUCAUUCACCAUCUACGUGGUUGUCUCAUCGAUUGUCAAGAAACCCGUGCAGAUCAUUCCUUUGGUUCUUCUUGGCUUGAUUCUGGGUCUCCCCGGUGUUCUCAUCGUCGUUACGGCGCACCGCCUCGUCUAUGUCCUUUGGAUGAUCAUCUACAUCUUCUCCUUGCCUGUCUGGAACUUCGUUCUCCCCAUGUAUGCGUUUUGGAAAUUCGAUGAUUUCAGUUGGGGAGAUACGCGGAAGACAGAUGGUGAGAAGGAUAAGGGACACGGUGCUGCAGAAGGUGAAUUCGACAGUACGCAGAUCACGAUGAAGCGCUGGCGUGAUUUUGAAACAGAACGUCGGCGACGGAUGAGCGCUUGGCCACAAGCCCCGGUGAACGGGUACUCCCAUUAUGAGAUGUACUAA